AUGGCUUCAUGGAUUCAAGAGCUUCAAUUCCCUCACCUAAAUAUCCCUGUAAGACAUGAUCAUUUCCAUACAGUGGAACCAGAAUCGCCAAUUCCUGCAGCUCAUGGCGACUGUCUUUAUCUAUCCAAUCUCGAUGACAUGAUUGGAGCACGGGUUUUCACUCCGACGUUAUACUUUUUCGAAGCAAACAAUCAGAGUUCUUCUGGUCGAAAGUUUGAACCCAAAAUCUUGCGUGAUGCUCUAGCCAAAGUGUUAGUCCCUUAUUACCCAUUUUCCGGGAGACUUAGAGAGACUCAAAAUGGAAAACUGGAGGUGUUUUUUGGACCGAAACAAGGUGCGCUUUUCGUUGAAGCUUCUUCGGAGAUGGAAAUGUCAGAUUUAGGAAACCUGACAGUGCCAAAUCCUGCAUGGAUUCCUUUGAUUUUCAGAUAUCCUUAUGAAGAAGCAUAUAAGGUUAUCGAUAUGCCACUGGUAAUUGCUCAAGUUACUAGAUUUAAGUGCGGCGGAUUUAGCCUCGGUUUACGCCUUUGCCACUGCCUUUGUGAUGGUCUCGGAGCAAUGCAGUUUGUCAGUGCAUGGGCCGCCACAGCGCGGUCAGGCUCCCUUGUGACUGAUCCUGCACCAUGUUGGGAUCGCGAGUUUUUUCGGCCUAGAGAUCCACCAAAAGUACAGUUCCGGCAUGUUGAGUUCACAAAAAUAGACGACAGCUCAAGCCUUACAAAGACACUGUGGCAGACGAAAGCCGUUCAGAAGUGCUACCGCAUUUCAGAUGAGUAUCAGACGCUCAUUAAAAGCUUAGCUCAGCCAACUGAUGGGCAAGGUUGUACAGCUUUCGACGCAAUGGCAGCUCAUGUCUGGAGAUCUUGGGUCAGAGCACUUGAUGUAAAACCAUUAGAUUAUGAACUAAGGCUUACAUUUUCUGUCAAUGCUCGACCGAAGCUUAUUAAUCCGUCAUUAAAAGAUGGGUUUUACGGUAACGUGGUAUGUUUAGCUUGUUCUACAGCCACUGUUUCGCAGGUCAUAAAUGGAGACUUACCGGAAACAACUCAAUUGGUUCGCGAAGCUAGAAAAGGCGUAACCGAAGAGUAUUUAAGAUCAACAAUCGAUUAUAUUGAAGUAGAUAGACCACAAAGACUUGAAUUUGCUGGUAAGUUAAUGAUUACACAAUGGACCAGGUUUGGCAUGUAUGAAUCUGCAGAUUUUGGAUGGGGUUUGCCCAUUUACGCAGGACCUAUCGAUCUAACUCCAACGCCACAAGUUUGUGUGUUCUUGCCGGAUAGUAAUGAAUCUCUUGGCCGGUCAAUGGUGCUAUGUAUUUGUUUGUCUGAAUCUGCUGCUGCUAGAUUUAAAGAAUAUUUGUCUGAAGUUUUAACUCUAAAUUUAUAAGC